AUGGCAAGAUUGAUAUCUCUCAUUGUCUGACUUUGAUUGCUCAUUCCUUGAGUUGAAGACCCCUCUUGGGUUCUUCCUCAUAAGCUAAUACAGAAACAAAAAUCUGAGUUUGAAACAGAAAUAGAUGACAUUAUUUCAAGAGUUUUCGAGCUGCAACUAAGAUUCAAUUUUCCGAGUUGUGGAGAACUUGUCAGUCAGAGAGUUUCACACGGAAUCCCUACUGUGCAAGAAGUUGUCGAUAGGACAAAAAUUCAACACAUCUCAAAUGAAGUAAAUGUUCACCAAUACAAGUGAAAGAACAGCAAUAUUAUUGUUCUUAAGAUCGAUUUAUUUCAUGGCUAUCUGUCAGAAACAACUGAAGUAAGAUUCCUCAUAUUCAAUCUUGAUCAUUUCGAACAUCUCGAUAAUGACUGCUUCUUGUUUAUGCCUUUUAUGACUUACAAUAAAGCGAUAUGAAAGUAUAAUUUCACCAAUCCAGAAUAUCUGGCCAUUUCUGGUAUAAAUUCCAAGCAAUAUCUUACCCUAGAUCUUGAGACAGGAGAGUACUCAAUCAGUGUGCUUUCUGUAAUGAUUGUGUGUCUCCUGGAAUGCCUAAUGUUCUGCUACUACAUUUACUUCUGAGAAAUAAGUGACAACAGAUAUGACUUCACAUCAAUCCACAGCCAAGUAAACAACACUUUCAUGGGUUACUUGCUGUGAUAUUUAAGCUACCAAAAAUUUGCACUUGCCAUUGCUAUUGAGCUAAAGGGAUGGUACUCUUCAGUAUUAAUGAUCUGUGUUACUUAUGCAAUCUUCAUAGCAGAGUGUGUGUAUGAGUUAAUCCCUCACAAACUUUAUUUUUCUUACCUAGAUGCACAAUCUUAUCAGUUUAAGAGAGAAAAUUGGCAAAUUUUUGUUAAGGUUUCUGCACUCAUUGUGACUGCAUUUACGUAUGGAGCAAGUUCAUUCUAUUUGAUGAAGCUUAAGACUUCUAGUGAAGUUGUGGUAGUUAUAAUGAACUUACACCUUGCUGUAUUUGGAGGUGUUAAUGCAUACAAAAAGACCAGAAUUAAAUUGAGCGUCACUUACAUUGUAUUUUUAACUUUCUACUGAGCUUGGAUCAUCAACUUCUCCUUUGUUGUUUCAGGAUGAUUGGUGGAAAACUCAGAUUACAUUUGGUUUUUCUCCAAAAUUGGUGUCAUUCAUUUUGCAGUGGGAACAUUCCUCUACUUUCAAGGCAUACACGGAUCUAGGUUCUUCAUACCCAACAAGUUCAGAUCUAUCAAGAUGCUUCGCCACAUCAAAGACUUGCCGAUCAGCCAACUAACAGAGGACCCUCUGAGUUGCUUUUACUGAUGAAGCAGUCUGCAUUUGCCAUCAUCAGUGAGCAAAGGAGACUACCUGAACUGCAACAUUCGGUCUGAAGUGAAAGAGUUCGUGUGGCAGCAAGGCCCAGUAUACAUUGAACAAGAGAACUGCAGCCACAAGUAUCAUUUUGAGUGAGCGAGAGAGAUUUUUGAUAAAAGAAUCUAUCCAUGAAAUAUUUGACAUUCUCUCCACUUUCCUAAUUCAUUUGAGUUUGAUGAUUAA